AGACCCGGAGUGAGGGAAGCAGGAAUCUGUCCGGAUGCCCUGGGGACAGGGGCGAAGCGGGAGGGUCUCGGGGGAUGGCGGGGACAGGGGGCCCGGCGCCCGGGGGUCACCUGGGGUCGCUCGCGGCCCUGCGGGGGGUAUGAAGGGGCCCCGGGAGCCUGAGGCAUCUCUCGCUCCGCCACCCUCGGCCGUUAGCUGUCGGCCGUGGUGAAAAGGGGACGAGGGCCCGGACACUCGGGAGCUGCAGCGGCGGGGGCGCGGUGCUCGGUUUGUAGGCAGUGUAAUUAGCUGAUUGUACCGCGGUGCUGACAAUCACUAACUCCACUGCCAUCAAAACAAGGCACAGCAUCACCCGCCGCCCGCUGGAGGAGAAGCAGGCGGCCGCAGCCCCGCUGACUCUGCAGAAAGCGGAGGCCGGAGCCGGGAUGCGUCAGCGAAGGGGCCCCGGAGCACGAGGUCUAUGUGCAAGUAACCCUCAGAGACGGGCGGCCUCCUUUAGGAACCGUUGGGCUACCUGUGUCUAGGAGCCAACGCAAAACGGUUCAGUGAUAUGCAAAGGGAACCGGUGUACACCGGCCUGAACAUCACAAAAAAAAAAAAAAAAAAAAAAAAAUGCCUGGACGAGCCCCCCAGAACAGUUCCUGCUGCCUGCUGUGAUUCACUGCCUGUUUUCCACUUCUGAGAAAGCUAUCACCAAGGCAGCAACUAGAGUCAACCACAGCUUGGCUGAUGAUUUGCUGGUCACAACCAACGUCUGAGAGCUCCAACUGCAGGCUUUUUCUAUGAGUCUAGUUACUAGGCAGUGUAGUUAGCUGAUUGCUAAUAGUACCAAUCACUAACCACACGGCCAGGUAAAAAGACUGAGAUUCCUCCGACUGAGCCUCAUGCGCGUCGUCAAUUUGGACUGUACGCAUCACAAAGUUGAUGCUUUGACUCCAAGCCUUGACUGACCCCGAAAGCUGUGACCUCGACAGAAGCCAGCUGCAGAUGGGCCACAAGCGCUCGAGGACCUAAGGAAGAAACCCAGGCUUUCCUGUGGUGACAGUUACCAACGGGACAGUUCUCCGGUGGGGGCGGGGCGAGGGAACUAAGGGAAGCGUCCUGAGUCACUAUGGAGACGGGGCACAAAAGCAGUUCUAGCUGCAGAAAGGAUACCCACGAAAUCUGCUCCCCUGGAUUACUGGUGUUCACAGGCUGCUCCGAGCAGGAUGCCAACUUGGCUAAGCAAUUUUGGCUCGGGGCGUCCAUGUAUCCCCCUGCCGAAUCUCAGUUGGUGCUGACCAGAAACAGCAGUCAGCGGCUACCGGUGGCCAGGAAUUCUAAAGACCUUGUGAGGGAGAAAAAUUCUGCUUGGUCCUUUCCCUUUGAUCAAAACAAGGAGACGGAUGUCUUUGCUAAAGUCCAAAAGAUUCAAGAAUCUGAAGAGAAGGCAAAGUUUCUUGAAAAGGCCAAAAAGAGAGAUGAGAUUAUCCAACUUCUAAGAAAACAAAGAGAAGAGAGAAUUUUGAAAGAACUGGUUUCAUUACCUCAUAAACCCAAGGCCAAAGUACCUGAAGCAAAGGAAGUCUCAUCAGAGUCAGACAAACAGGAACAAGAAGAAGUCAAAGCCUUGGAAUGAUUUGAUUGAUAGAUGGAAGCAGGUGACUGGCAUGUAUUCACUUUUGAAACAAGUUAUGCUAACAUCAGGAUCCCUAGGUAAAAGAUGUGCAGAUUUCCAGAAAUUUGAUAACUACUGAACAUUCAUGUUUGAAUAGACUAAAAUAAAAGUUAAGAAUACA